GUGAAAUCUGACAACAACGCAAGAUCAAAAAGGUAAAUAAAUCAUGUUCGAGAUUAAUGCAAGAUUACUGAGGAAUCAAUCGUCUGUAUUCCUUUGUGGAGAGACUGUUGAGGUCUUUGUGACAAUAUCCAAUCAUUCACUACCAGAACACAGGAUUUCCCAAUCGAAUAUUGAUGCAAUGGAGCAUCUAGCAUGGGGAUCUGUUCAAAUUAAUGGAUACUGCAAGACACAGCAUAAAAUUAAAGAACCCAUUCAGUCAUUACCGAAAACCAGCUUAAAUGUUCAUGAGAAUUCAAUAUUAUCAACCAAUCCAAAGAUCCUGUUUUGUGACUUACGUCUAGCAAAUGGUGAAUCCAGGACAUAUUACUAUAGAGAGCAAUUACCUCCAAAUUGUCCACCAACUUAUAAAGGCAUAGAUAUCAAGUACUAUUAUAAAGUAUCUGUGGCUACUCAACGUCUUGGAUCAAAAGUGCAGCUUCUGCAAGUUCCAAUUAGAGUGCUUCCACUCUUUAAUAUUGAAGACAAAGUUGAGCCAAUUCCAGCUCAAGGUGAUGACAUUACAAAUGAGGAAUUGACACCAACAAAUCCGUUCUUAGAAAAUGACAGAAAAGUUGUGUCUAAAGUUGAGAUUGCUUUAGAGACAUUACAAAAUAUUACGGCAAGAAGGAGACCGAAUUUUUACAUAAUAACUAAUCGUCGAGGUAAAAUUGGAAGAUUCUGUCUGUUUAAGCCCAGCUAUAAAUUAGGAGAAGACAUUGUUGGAUCACUUGAUUUUUCAUGCCGCUCUGUUCGAUGUGUCCAGCUAUCUGUAACUUUACAAUGUGAAGAGAUCUUAUUAAGGAAUACUCCAAAAUCUCCAGUCAGUGACAAAGAAUCAAAAAGCUCGUCCGGAAAAGUUACAAACUUUACCAAGCACCAUGAAAUUUGUGUUGGACUUUUACAAACUCAAAUGAUAUUGCCGAUUCCAUUACAUGUGACUCCAUCAUUUACUACUGAUUUAGUGGAUGUUCGAUGGAGACUUCAUUUCCAAUUUGUUACAACUUUAAGCAAUGAAUUGAUGCCAGCCGAUGGACCAUCUGAAGAAAAUUGGAAUGGACCAAAAAGUAUUGACAUUGAAACAAUGGUUUGGAACUUACCAAUCAAUAUACAUUCCACUAAUCCAACUCAAAUUUUUCAACCACAAAUCCUAAACUAAAAAGAAUAUUUAUUAUAGGAAGUAAGAAGUCUUUCAAAUAUGUAUGUCAAACAAUAAAUAUUAAUUUAUUACAGUUU